UCUAGGCAAACCAGUCGUUAUACUGUUCGUGAUAUAUAUGGCGAUAUGGACGAAGAGCAUAUCGAUUUGGAGAGAACGAAAAGUAGGUCGACCAUCUUGACUACUCUAACAGCUCGUGUUCAAACUGUACAGCACGAGAUGCAUUCGCCCUAUCGCAUUGAAGAUGUUGAAGCUAAAAUAGAUACGGAAAUUGAGAACUUCUACGAGAAAACACCAGAUAUUGCAGUGCCUGUAAAGGACUUUGGUGGAGAGUUCAAUUCUAUAGAUCCAGAAUUAGUCACUUGGGAGGGAAAGGAAGACCCUAUGUACCCUCGUAAUUGGUCUCGACCAGAAAAGAUGUUCCAACUCUUUAUAGUAGGGUUGUAUACCUUGAUCUCACCCAUGUCGUCCACUAUGCUAUCACCAGCAAUGACUAAAAUCGCAGAAGAAUUACAUAUGGAAGGUGAUUUUAUAGUAUCUUUCACUGUUUCUGUCAUGGUGCUAGCUUGGGCUCUUGGACCGUUGUUAAUUGCUCCACUUUCAGAAAGUGAUCGUUUUGGUAGAAGAACUGUGCUCAAUGUUUCCAUUUGGUUAAUCUUUAUUUUCAACUUAGCGUGUGCAUUUGCAAAGACUACCGCACAAUUGUGUAUCUUCAGAUUUCUCGGCGGUCUUGGAGGAUGUGCAGCUUUGAAUGUUGGAGCUGGUACUCUUGCAGAUCUCUUCAGUGACGACGAGAGGCAAAUAGCCAUGGCCAUUUACGGGAUGUGCCCUUCGCUUGGACCGGUAAUUGCUCCAAUUAUUGGAGGGUUUAUAAUUUCUCAUAAAGAGUGGCCAUGGGUCUUCUAUGUUCUUGCCAUGUUUAAUGGAGCUGUUGCCGUAUUUGGAACAAUCUUUUUUAAGGAAACUUAUUCGCCGAAGUUGUUAAGAAAGAAGGCUAUUAAAUUGAGAAAGGAAACUGGCAAUGAACAUCUACACACUAUUUUCGAAAUCGCUGAUGGUCAGAGAAUGUGGGAGAAAGUUGCUGUAACCAUGAGUAGACCAUUGAAAUUGUUGUUCACCCAUCCCAUGGUCAUUGGUUUAGGUUCGUUCAUGGCUUUCGUAUAUGGUUUCAUGUAUCUUAUGAUCGUGACAUUUCCGGAUGUUUUUGGUGUAUCCUACGGGUUCUCAGUUGAGGUUGCCGGUCUCAUGUUUAUUCCAUUGGGAAUCGGAUUUACUCUAGGAGUGAUAUUUUGGUCUUUAAUGAUAGACAAGAUAUACUAUAGGUUGAUAGCCAAAAACGGUGGUGUUGCAAAGCCAGAGUACAGGUUGCCAUGUCUCUGUUUCAGUGGGAUUGGGGUGCCGGUUGGCCUAAUUUGGUAUGGAUGGUCUGUCCAAAAUAAACUUCAUUGGAUUAUGCCACUGAUUGGGAUGGGCAUAUUCGCAUUUUCCAUAAUUGCUGUAUUCCAAACUAUCCAGAACUACUUGAUUGAUAUGAACAAUCGGUUUGCAGCCAGUUCUGUUGCAGCAGCAGCUGUGUUUCGUUCGUUGUUUGGGUUUUCAUUUCCAUUGUUUGCCCAGAAGUUGUACGAUAGGCUACACUACGGAUGGGGGAAUACCCUUUGUGCUUUCAUUGCCUUGGCCUUGGGCUUGCCAUUCCCUAUCUUUUGUUUAAUGUAUGGAGAAAGAUUGAGACUAUGGGCUAACAGGAGAAUGGAUAGAGACCAGGCGAAAAGAGAUGCAAGGAAUCUUGAGAGGUUACAGAAAAGAAAUUCUUAG